AUGAUCUUUAGAAAGCUACAGCGCAAGACCGUUGCUGUCGAUUUGGAUCAAACGCUAGCACACACGUUGGAGGCCAUGGUGCUUUGGCACAACCAAGUGUACAACACAAGUUAUACGUUGGCUGAUUUCAACACUUACGAUUUCCACAAGGUAUGGGGCGGAUCCGUUCAAGACACACAUGCCAAGGUGCGCGAAUUCUACGAAAGCAGCCACUUUGAACAAAUUCAACCAAUACACGAUUUUGCGUUGGAAGCUUUGAAAAUGCUGAAAAAACGGAAAUUCACGUUGGUUAUUAUUACUUCGCGACAACAGUUUAUCGCUGAAGAAACCAAAAAGUUUGUUGAUAAGCAUUAUCCAGGCAUCUUUGAAAGCAUCUAUUUUUGCAAUCUCGGAUUGUCCGAUGCGGAACAACUGGAAUAUGUAUCCAAACCAAAGUCGGCCAUUUGUCAAGAGAUUGGAGUGGAUGUGUUGAUUGAUGACAAUUUGGAUCAUGCUGUGGAUUGUGCUGGAUUGGAGGAUAUUGAAGUGCUGUUAUACGAUCGCAAGGGCCAGUACCGGUGGAACCAUACAAGCAUUAGUAGUAGUGGUAGCAAAGGCAUAUCGAGUUGGAAGGAGAUAAUUGCGUUUUUCCCAAAACCACACAGCCCGCUGCGCAAUUGCUAUUAUCCGCAGGACCUUGCAUCGGCUGGUGCAUACAGGGAUAAUGAUGAUGAUGAUGAUGGUGACGAGGACGAGCACUAUGGAUACGAGCACCACCAUGACAUAGAGUACGAGACGAUCGAGGUGGAGCACAUGGACAUGUCGGACGAGGAAGAAACGGUGUGGGUGUAG